CAAGCAGAAUGAAGCAAUGUUGAUCUCAGCUCUGUCAGUAGAGUAGACAAAUUUCUCUAAAUAACCAAAGCAAUGCAAUGAUAAAAGUGCAGAAUAUAAAAAGCAGAGUAUGAUGGACUGGCAGAUAGUUUAGUGAACUGUUGUGUUGUCUAAAUAAUACAAAAUUGCUCAAGUGGAACUUUUGGCAUUGUGUUGGAUUUGGAUCUCAUCCGGUUCGGUGGUAAUGUUGGAAGAAGGUUGCCCCUAAUUCACAAAUUUACAACACAUCAGAUUUUAUUAGCAUUCAAGUUCAAGUUUACAUCAGGAAGUAGUGAUUUUUAGUAGGGUGAAAUCUAUAAAAUGAGUCUGAAUAAUACAUAGUUUUUAGCAAAUUGAUGUUGAAUGUUUUUUAAAUUUUAUAAACAAACAAUUUAAAACGGGCCUGCAUUACAUUGAGGAGAAAUGUCUCUAAGCGGAACAAAGUGUACCAGAUUGGUCCUGAUUUUCUGCAAUGUUAUCUUCUCAUGGAUCUCUGGAGGUCUCCUGGUGCUAUUUGGUGGAGCCUCUCUCUAUGACCCCAGUUAUAUUCAAACAUUUACAUUGUUAUCGUUGGACAAUGUUCCGCAGUACAUGUUCAUCUUAUUCGCCUUAUCCAUAAUUGCACUUGGUGGGUUUAUCAUCACUCUUGGGCUGUUUGGUUGUUUUGGGACUUUGUGUGAUAAUAAUUGCAUAAUCAAGACGUACGUGUAUCUCUUGAUAUUCGUGUUUGUAGCCGAGAUUGGUCUGGCUGCAGGCUCACUUUACAUUUACUUCAUAUUCCCGUCCGUAGCUACCGAGUUGAAAGGAUCCUUGGUUGAGAAACUGAAAACUGAUUUCGGAUACCCAUACGAGCUCGCAUUUAAUACCGCCGUAGACUUCACUCAAGCAACACUACAUUGUUGUGGAUUUAAUAACUAUACGGACUAUGACCAGAGUAGCUGGCGAAGUAUGGCAUUAAACAACGGCCUUCAAGUACCGUACACGUGCUGCUCCACGACACCAAUCUCCCUGUCUCGAUGGAGCAUGGCCACUAACCACACCCAUCCGUACGACGGAGACGAUGAUGACCACAACUUGUUCCGAGAAGCGUCGUCCACGGAAUCAUUCUAUAUUUCGUCUUCCACGGAAUCUUCCUCCUGGGUGAAACGUUGCCAGUCUGUGAAUCCCAUGGAGUCGGAUGAUUACCUUUACGUCAAUGGAUGUUGGGACCAAGUUGAACAGUUGUACACAAGACAUGCUCUUUUCACAGCAAUAUUAUUUGCGUCUCUUGCCCUUCUUCAGAUAGUUGGAGUACUUUUUCCAAUCUGUUGGCUCCGACGAGCAGAAAAAUCUCAGCAACAAGUUCGCAUUCGUACAUCGAGACAAGCACAACCCCUUUUAUAAAUUUAACCCGGUUUGAUCUGCAGUAAAAUUCUGAUUUGUUUAAUAAAUAUUUAUAUAUUCCUUUGUUUUGUUUUUAAAUACAAAGUAACGUCAGCAAGCAGGGUGUAAAAAUUAUAAACGAGGUAGAAUUCAAGAUUGUUGAUUUUAAGUGUAAUUUCCACUAGUAAUUUAUUCUUUUAUACAGGAAAAUAAUGAGAAAAUGCAACAUAAAUAGGUAACGAAUGUGCAAGGAAAUUUUGUUUUAACGAUAAAAACACAUUUUGGAACAGUAGUUUUAUAAGAAUAAAAUAUGUUGGUUGUAA